GUGCGCGGGAAGCGCGUGACUGGACUGCGCCUAUUGGAGCGGGGAGAGGAGGCUGAGCCACGCUCCGAGUACAAUAAGCACAUCCCGGUGCUCAGCACACUCACAGUCUUCUGCACGGCGAGGCAACAUUAUUCGCUUUUAUCCCAGUCGUCUUUCGCUUAUAUAACACUUUGUUUUGGACAUAAUUAUCUCGAAAACGUUUAUGGAAAACCGAUAGGAAAAAGGUCUGGAAGAGAAGAGCACCUGUCCGGUUCUCUGUUUUACUGUCUCUAUCUCUUCCACACAAUCCCCGCUAAGCGUUUUCACACACUGAGAGUGGACAAAACUUUUUCCAGGUCUAGAGGUUUAUGGAAAAAUGAUGGCAGAAUCUCUCAAAAAUCUCACACAUUAGAGUCUUCUCACUUGACCCACUCGUUACACCUCUCCCCUCUUUCUGCACUUCUGAAGAACAGCAGAAUGGAUGAGCAGCGAUGCACACUUCCACCUCCUCUUAAGACAGAAGAGGAUUAUAUUCCUUAUCCAAGUGUUCAUGAGGUGCUGGGACGUAAAGCCCCGUUUCCUCUGAUUCUGUUGCCACAGUUUGGUGGUUACUGGAUUGAGGGGACCAAUCACGAUCUCAGUACCAUCCCAGCGCAAGUGGAGCCACCUCCAUGUCCAGCCUCCCAGAUGAAACUGGAGAGCAAUAGCAUAGCCAAAAUCUACAGGAAACAUUUUUUGAGCAAGGAACAUUUUAAUUAUUACUCUGUGGACUCAGUGCUGGGCCACCUUGUCUUCUCAGUGAAGUAUGACGUGAUUGGGGACCAAGAGCACCUUCGCUUACUGCUUAGGUCAAAGUUUAAAACCUACCAUGAUGUGAUACCCAUUUCCUGUCUGACUGAGUUCCCCAAUGUGAUUCAAAUGGCAAAGCUUGUUUGUGAAGAAGUGAACGUGGACAGAUUUUAUCCAGUCCUUUACCCAAAGGCUUCCAGACUAAUCGUAACCUUUGAUGAGCAUGUUAUAAGCAACAACUUCAAAUUUGGAGUCAUCUAUCAGAAGUUUGGCCAGACCUCAGAAGAGGAGCUCUUUGGGAACAACGAGGAGAGUCCAGCCUUUAUUGAGUUCCUGGAGUUUUUGGGGGAGAAGAUUGAGCUACAUGACUUUAAAGGGUUUCGUGGUGGUCUUGAUGUUACACAUGGUCAGACUGGAACUGAGUCAGUGUAUCACAAUUUCCACAACAAGGAGAUUAUGUUCCAUGUGUCCACCAAACUACCCUUCACUGAAGGAGACUCACAGCAGCUGCAGAGGAAGAGGCAUAUAGGAAAUGACAUUGUGGCUAUUGUGUUUCAAGAGGAAAACACACCAUUUGUGCCAGAUAUGAUUGCAUCCAAUUUCCUGCAUGCUUAUGUGGUGGUGCAAGUGGAGAAUGCCUGCACAGACAACGUCAUUUACAAGGUAUCAGUGACUUCGAGAGAUGAUGUGCCCUUCUUUGGGCCUUCUCUCCCAGACCCAGCCAUUUUCAAAAAAAGUCCAGAGUUCCACGAGUUCCUUCUGACAAAACUCAUCAAUGCUGAGUAUUCCUGCUAUAAAGCCGAGAAAUUUGCUAAGUUAGAGGAGAGAACACGCUCUGCACUGCUGGAGACAUUGUAUGAGGAGUUAAACGUGAACAGCCAAUGCAUGAUGGGAAUGGGAGGAGAAGAUGAGAAACUGGAGAAUGGAGGAGGUGGUGGAGGUGGAGGUUUCUUUGAGUCCUUUAAGAAAGUAAUUCGCAAUCGGAGUCAAUCUAUGGAUGCUAUGGGUCUGAGCAACAAGAAGUCCCACACUGUCUCUACCAGCCACAGUGGCAGCUUUACUCAUAAUACCCCAGAUAUCCCCAAAACACCUGGAAUUUCUCUGAUCAUCCCUGGGAAAAGCCCGACCCGAAAGAAAUCAGGUCCAUUUAGUUCCAGGCGGAGCAGUGCGAUCGGUAUUGAGAAUAUUCAAGAAGUCCAGGAGAAAAGCAGUAGGGAGGUGUCUCCCUGCACGCAAAAGAUACCCGAUAGUGGCCAUGCCUUGCAUGAGCCUAAUACUGACAACUCUUCCAAUCACAGUUCACCUGAGAUGCCUACCACCAGGACCAGUUUGGCCCUGUGCUGUAGAGCCCCCUCCAUUCCAGAGUCUCACGAUCUAUCUCGGUCCUCAUCCAAUGCCAGCAGCUUCACAAGUGUGGUGGAAGAGAAUGACCAGGAAAAUGAAGCUACAGAAGACUAUGACACAGGGCUGGAAAGUCUGUCUUCUGCUGGUACACCACACAAACGGGACUCAUUUACAUACAGCAGUAGCUGGUUUGAUGAAAGUAUUAGCAGUACUAGCCAACGCAGCCAACCAGUCGUCUCUCGACAGCUGUCUGACCCCAUUCGGCCCAGAACAGAGAGACACUCUGCUUCAAACUGCUAGACUUUCUCCACAGAUGAAUGCCCAUCAGCAGAACUCCCAUAAGCAGAGUAAAGUGGCCCCUCUGGAGACCCAGUGCAGGACAGCUGUCAAUCAAACAGCCUGUAACUAAGAAUACUGUCCCUUGUACCAUUUU